AAACAACUUCUGACCAAAGAGUGGUUGGUCAAAGUCGAUACACUCAAGUCUAUACCCUAUCUCAUCAAGUUUUACGCGUCUACAGCUGACUUGACAUGCUGUGUACUGAUCACCGAUACCAAGUCGGUAUGGGCUGAAGCUCUCUCUGGACCCCAAUUUUCACGCCGGUGGAGAGGACUGAAUAGCUUGGAACUGAUGUCUGCCUCAGACUCAAUGGUCGACGAAGAAGAAUGGAGGGCACAUACCCUUGAUCUCCUCUCUAACGCACAUUCUCUGGGGGGCAUCGCAGACCUCUUGUUUGAAGUCGUCGAAACUAACUUCUCGGAUGUUGCCUGCACUCUCGAAAACCAGUCAUUCAAGUGGCGAUGGGAGACUUGUUUCCUUGGUUAUAAAGCUUCAGCAGAGAUUCUUUCUAAGCACCUUAUACUCCCACUCAUCAGCAUGAGUCAUUUAGCAUUUUCCUCCACGAACUCAGUUGGUGAGGUAUCUGAUGUAGAUUUGACGAAGGCCGUUGACAAGCUUGGACGGACUGCUAGGCGUAAUGUGGACAUACAUAUCAAGAACGCAAUAUCAAAGCCUCGUAUAGCGACAGUUCUUCGCCGUAUUACAGCCAUGUUCAGCUUUGCAUCAGAACUUCCGAUUAUACUUACAUCGGCUGAAAAACCCGACUUUGAGGCGUUACCUCCACCAUCCUCAAAACAAACCCCUGAACCUCAGGGUCGUCAGUCGACCCAUACACCUUCACCGCCUAUCAUAGUGGAGAAUAAAUCUCUGCGAAAUAAAGGCAAGCCUAUCUCACCAGAACAGUCUGAGGCCGACGUCCGUCAAAAAGAACCGGAAUCAGACUCGGCUACCGAUGACUCUGAUGUUGAAGAGGAGGAUAGUCCGGACAAGGGAAAGGGCAAAGCCCCCUCGCAACAGCCAGAGAGGCCAGGGUCUCCUGUACUAACGCCCGCUAAGAAGCGACAAACCCGGCUACCAUCUUCAGAUACUGAUUCUUCACCUGUGAGACCGCAGAAGAAGGUGAGGGCAAAAUCAUCCUCCAGUGACGAAGAUAGCGGAGGUGAACGAAAUGUCCAACUAAAACGAGGAACCGUUUCUGGGGAGACCAGACGGGGAGUGAGACAGCCAGUGAAAAGAGGGGGGAGGCGGUUCUAG